GUUUACAUCAUAUGAUAUAUUUUUUGCAGCUCAAUACAUUUAACAAAAGCAUGCAGGAGUAGCGGAGUAUACUUUAUAGUACAAUUAUAUGUCAUAAGAAUAGAUAGUAAAACUAGUAAAAGAUAUUUAUUGAGUGUAUCAAAAUUAGAACGGAAAAUUAGGAGCAUUACAAAAAAAGAGCAGUUUAGGACGAUGAUGGAGAGCUGUCAAGGUAGAUUGUGAGGGUGUGCGAGGUGAAGUCGUGAUUCGUGAUAAGUACUACGUAGAAAACCUAGACUUCUUGACACCCUAACAUCAUCUAAUCCUGAAAUAUCCGGAUAGACUUAGAAAUAACAAUGGCUACAACGAAGCUCGAAGAGGAUAUCAAUAAUAUACCCCUGGCGGACGACGAUCCGCAAGUUAUAAUACCAGACGAGGAGAAUAACACAAAGGACAAUAAUUCGAAAGCUUCUGAGACUCUCCAACAAGGACAGAACAUGAACUCUAUACUUUCCAGUUUCACCAGUGACAGUUGCAACAGAUGUCUUCUAGGUUUAGAUCCAGAUUGUAGCCCUGAUGAACAGCAAGAAAAAGCAAGAUUAAUAGCACAAGUCUUAGAGCUCCAGAAUACUCUUGAUGAUUUGUCACAAAGAGUAGAUGGAGUCAAAGAAGAAAAUUUAAAAUUAAAAAGUGAGAAUUUAGUGCUCUCCCAGUACAUAGAAAAUUUAAUGGCAGCAUCUAGUGUUUUCCAGUCCACAAGUCCAAAACCUAAGAAAUAGAUAUUAAACUUAAGAAGUACAGUAAAACUUGGACAGUUUGAUUAAGUGAUGUGAAGAAUCAUGAAAACUGCUGAAGUUUUAUACAUGUGAA